AUGACCACCUGCAGCCGCCAGUUCACCUCCUCCAGCUCCAUGAAGGGCUCCUGUGGCAUUGGUGGUGGCAUCGGCGGCGGCUCCAGCCGCAUCUCCUCUGUCCUGACUGGAGGAUCCUAUCGGGCCCCCAGCACCUACGGGGGCCUGUCGGUCUCCUCCUCCCGCUUCUCCUCCGGGGGAGCCUGCGGGAUUGGAGGCGGCUAUGGCGGCGGCUUCAGCAGCGGCAGCAGCAGCUUUGGUGGGGCCCUGGGUGGCGGCUUUGGUGGGGGAUAUGGUGGUGGCCUGGGUGCCGGCUUCGGCGGUGCCUUGGGUGCUGGCUUCGGUGGUGGUUUAGGUGGUGGUGAUGGGCUCCUAGUGGGCAGUGAGAAGAUCACCAUGCAGAACCUCAACGACCGCCUGGCCUCCUACCUGGACAAGGUGCGUGCCCUGGAGGAGGCCAACACCGACCUGGAGGUGAAGAUCCGUGACUGGUACCAGAAGCAGCGGCCUGCCGAGACCAGGGAUUAUACCCCCUACUUCAACACCAUCGAGGACCUGCGGAACAAGAUCAUUGCAGCCAACAUUGAUAAUUCCAACAUCGUCCUGCAGAUUGACAAUGCCCGCCUGGCCGCUGAUGACUUCCGCACCAAGUUUGAGACGGAGCAGGCCCUGCGCAUGAGCGUGGAGGCUGACAUCAACGGCCUGCGCAGGGUGCUGGACGAGCUGACCCUGGCCAGGGCCGACCUGGAGAUGCAGAUUGAAAGCCUGAAGGAGGAGCUGGCCUACCUGAGGAAGAACCACGAGGAGGAGAUGAAGUCCCUGCAAGGCCAUGUGGGUGGAGACGUCAACGUGGAGAUGGACGCGGCCCCCGGCGUGGACCUGAGCCGUAUUCUGAACGAGAUGCGCGACCAGUACGAGAAGAUGGCGGAGAAGAACCGCAAGGACGCCGAGGACUGGUUCUUCAGCAAGACAGAGGAGCUGAACCGCGAGGUGGCCACCAACAGCGAGCUGGUGCAGAGUGGCAAGAGCGAGAUCUCUGAGCUCCGGCGCACUAUUCAGAACCUAGAGAUCGAGCUGCAGUCCCAGCUCAGCAUGAAAGCAUCCCUGGAGAACAGCCUGGAGGAGACCAAAGGCCGCUACUGUAUGCAGCUGGCCCAGAUCCAGGAGAUGAUCGGCAGCGUGGAGGAGCAGCUGGCCCAGCUGCGCUGCGAGAUGGAGCAGCAGAGCCAGGAAUACAAGAUCCUGCUGGACGUGAAGACGCGGCUGGAGCAGGAGAUCGCCACCUACCGCCGCCUGCUGGAGGGCGAGGAUGCCCAUCUUGCCACUUUGUUUCUUCACAGCCUCUCCUCCCAGUUCUCCUCUGGCUCUCAGUCCUCCAGAGAUGUGACCUCUUCCAGCCGCCAGGUCCGCACCAAGGUUGUGGAUGUGCAUGAUGGCAAGGUGGUGUCCACCCACGAGCAGAUCCUUCGCACCAAGAACUAAGGCUGUCCAGCACUGCUUAAGCCUAGGAGGUUCCUUGCUGUGGAUACAGACUUCCCCUGGGGAUCCCCUCUCCUGUCCCCAAGCACUCACACCUGGGCCUUGUUUCAGCCUUGCCCUCUCCUGGCAAUCAAUAAAGCUUCAUUUUCUGAGUUGCAUAA